GAUGGCCGCCGUGGGCCGCUACUGAGGCAGCCAGAGCGCCCUGAGUAGGCAUGGUGCUGGCGCCUUCUUCCGCUUCCGGGGGCCUCCGCGGCCGCCUCGCUCUCAGCGGCCAUGGCGGCUCCCUGCGCGGUGUGGUUCGGCGACCAGGCGGAGCGGGUGACCUGCCCCUACGACGCCCAUCACCGCAUGCCGCCGUCGUCGCUGCAGAGGCACGCGGCGUCGUGCCGGCUCCGCCGGAUGGGCUACUCCAAGGAGGAGGAGGAGGAUAUGUACGACUCUAGCUUUUUCUAUGAAAAGCUGAAGAUACCCACUGUUAAAAUGGAUAAAGAUCUACAGUUUCACAUUGUUCAGCAAGCUAAAGCUGAAAGUGCAAAAGAAGGUGUAGGCUACAACCAAGGAUCUUAUUCAUCACUGCCUCCGGAAGUUCCUCAAAAUCACAAGCGUUUCACCUGUGACCUGACUCAAGCUGAUCGCCUUGCUCUUUAUGAUUAUGUUGUUGAUGAAACAAAGAAACAGAGGUCUAGGUCCCAAAUCACAGAAAAUGACAGUGAUCUCUUUGUGGAUUUAGCAGCAAAGAUCACCCAAGAUGAUAGUCAGAAAGGUCCCAAGUCCCAUCUCGAGAUUCUGGCUGAAAUGCGAGACUACAAAAGGCGACGACAGUCAUACAGGGCUAAGAAUGUUCAUAUAACAAAGAAGUCUUACACUGAGGUGAUUCGGGAUGUGAUUGGUGUGCAUAUGGAAGAACUCAGCAAUCACUGGCAGGAGGAGAAUAGGCUGGAUAAUGCAGAAGUAUGUGAAGAAGGGAAGACAGGCGGUCAGGUUCAGUGGACUCACAGCAGUCUGGUGGAAGCUGUAAGGAUACUGAUCGCCCAAGACAUAGGAGGGAGACCAGCAGGAGUCCAAGCAAACAAAAAAGGAGUCGUGAAAGAGGCAAAGAGAGAGAUUCUCGGAGAAAAAGAGAAAGGGAAGAUGACAAGUAUCACAGCCAUAAAAGAAGAAAGUAGAAGCAAGAACAUGAUGGUGGUGUUUGUCAGCUGUUUAAAAAAAUUACUCCCAGAGGAAGUGCUGUUACUACUGCUAGUGUGCCAAGGACACACAAUACUGGCAUUGCCUCACAGCUGUGCUUGGAUACAAAAUGAAAGUCUCAAGGCUUGUCAGGAUGAAAGGUGUAUAUAUCAAAGUGCAACACUAAUGCAUCUAAUUAAUAAGUUAUAGUGAUCUUUCUCAUCCCUUUGAGUGUAGGCUGACAGCAGAAACUACAGCAUGAGGAAUGAAAUCUGAGAGAGGCUGUAUCAGUUUGCUUCCCUAGCUCACAGCUAACAUAUCCAAAGGCUGGAUUUGGGACAGGGCAGUACCUGUGUUCAGUAUGCCAGCCUCUAGAGAGACUAGGCUCAAGUACAAUUAAAAAGCAUGAAAACAGCUCCCUUCCCACCUGACCUUCUGUUACGUCUGGGAACAGUGUUCCAGAAAGACUGAAAACAAAGUUGCUCAUGGCAUGUGCCAGAGGGCAGAAUGCAGAUUGAGUUCUCUAGCAGCUUAAAUAUUUUCAACUGCAGUUUUGUCUCUUUAUCACUUUUCAACUAUUAAAAACAAAUUAUGGAAAAGUUAUUGCUUCCAAGCUCAUGUUUAGAGAAACUUAAGACCAGUGUAAUGUGGCAAAGAUGUUGAGAAUAAGCUAACUGAUCAUCAUAAAGCUCUCCAAAGAAACUAGCAGGAAGGUAUCAGGGACAUUCAUAAUACUGCUGUUUGGCUUUUCAAACACUGGGCACGAAACAGUUUCCUUCCAUAAAUAACUAGGAAUAGCUUCCUGCAGACUAACAUCUAAGUACUAGAAAUGUAGAGCUUUAGAACAGUAAGAUCUAGAGGACAAAUACAAUACCUUUCCUUGUCAGAAAACAAGACAUAGUAUUUUAAAACUAGUCAUUAGUCCAUCUAAGAACAGAAAAAGAUAUUUAAGUUCUCAAAAGGUCCUAAUGAUAAGUAAAAAUAGAUGGAAAAAAAAACUAUAGGAAGGACUGCAUCUGUACCAUCACCUCAGCCACAGGGUUCAUGUUGAAUAGUGCUUGAUAGAACUGCUUGUUUAAUAGAGCUUAUUCACGUAGACAAGGUGAUCCAAAAGACAUGCUAUGUUUGUGUAAGAGUCAAAAGACAGCUACACAGAAGCAUAAUGAGAUGCACUAAAUUUAACAGUCCACACUCUUCUAAAUAUAAUUUUGUAUUUUAUUUAUUUUCUUACAAUUAAUUACAAAGUAUAGUUAGAAAGAUCCCUAAUAAAAUACAUCUUACUCAGGAUAAGCAAAUGAGUAAAAACUCCCAAAGUGUGGACAGGUGAAAGAAUUGUAUAACCAUGUAUUCAACUAAUGUCAAGUAAAGACAAUUUCAGGAGUAGGAUAAAGGAAGAAAAAGUGCUAGAGAAGAGGAUCUUUUCCUGUUUUAAGUUGUAAGUAUUGUUGCUCUGAAUACCUUUUAAGUCCUUUGAACGCACCUUUGAAUAUUUAUUCCAUUCUUUUUCCUCAUUGCUUGGUGCUGAGUGGUAGUCUUGAUAAAGAUAAUGUUGAAGGGUGGGUCAGAAAGUUUCUGAGCUGCACCAUGCCAGCUUGCUGGUCACUGGAAAGGAAUAAAUCAAAUGUUUUAGAACACCACUUUAGUAUCGUAAACUCUUGUGUGCUAGUAAGGCACAAACCUUUUUAACAACUGGGCAGCAUCAAGUCCUUCCCAAAUGAGCAUAGGUAGUCCUUGCAGAAGAGACAGAUGAUAGAGCAAGUUUUCCAUUCUCUACUACCCUUAAAACUAUCCCCAAGUACCACUUCCACCUGAAGGCCAGAACUCAUUAAAAAAGCAUUUUUUGCAAGCUCAGGUGACCUUCUGGAACACAAUGUAGUCCAAAGCAGAAAUAUAAAUAAAAAUAGACUAAAGGCAUAGAUUCAGUAUUGCCCCUACUCUAACAUAAAAUUUAUCCUGAAUACUUUGAAGCAAGUCCUCCACUUGCUUCAAACCACUCCUCCUUUCACUUAGGAAUAUGUGUCUGAGUAAAGUAGGCACAGGCCUAAAUGCAGACCAAAUGCAACUGCAUUACAGGAAAGAUCUUACUGGAUGCUACAUGGGUGGGGAAGAAAAAAAAGGUUUUUCUUAAGACAGUAAAGUGAUAACUUUUAUGGAAUCUUUGAAAUGAUUUCCUGAGCAGCUUCAGUCCCAUCUUGCUGAACAGUCUACCUCAGUAAUAGAAUAUCCUGCAGUGACAGUUUUGCCAAAAUUAGUUACACAGUGCAUUAAGUUCUAUUAAAUUUGAAAGCAAGAGCUUAUGUCUUUAACUACCACUAAGAAACUCUGGUUAUACAAACAGUCUUUUUUGUUCUGCCUGCUCAGUUCAGCUGCCAUUUGGUUAUGUGUAAAGACCUAAAUGGUACAGGAUCUGAGAUCCAAGAGACAGGAAAGAGAAGCCUUUUGGAAAAGGAAGAGUUAUUUUAAAGGUGUCUGUUUUAACUGAAAUAACUGAAUUUAACUGAAAACUGAGUUUCUUCUCCAGGCUAGUAGCAUUUAAUACCUGGUAAAGCUCUUACCGUUUUUUGCCUUAAACCUUUGUUGCUGGAGUGAAGAGUUUAACCACACUUCUGUUAUGCUCCCUAAACUACAGGUGAAGAACUGGGAUUUUGUUUUACAAUGCAGUUGGGCUGGAUAUAUUUUAAAAGGCUGUAUACAUCUCCCCUUAAUAAAUUUUCUUUUUGAA